UGUUUUGUUUUGUACACCCGGCGCCAUUGGGUUAAGAAUCUCCACUGUUCACAAUAUUUUCAAUUUCAUCCACAUCAUCCCCCAAGACUGUCCUAGCAUGAGCCAUCAAUAGUGAUCUUGCUUGAACUUACCCCAAGUAACCAGAUUCACCAAUGAACCAUACAGACGUGAGCAAUGCGUUGUGCAUGAGAAACAACCCAUAGCCUCCUCAAACGUGUCAUGGAGGGCUACCCUUCAAAGGCACAAGGGGACGCUUUUGAUCAGGGGAAUCCCUCUCAGCACUUCGGUUCGGCAGCAACAGCCGUUCCUGCCACACAGCCCAUUAACGCUGCCGUGACCUUUAUAAGCCAGACACACUCCUCAUCUGGGCAACUGGAGGGUAACGCAGGAGUAAUGGCCACCCCAGGGACAAGCCUCCAAGACGACUUCAGGGGGGAAGCAAGUGUGGGGGGGAGCACAGGACGUAAGAAGAAGAAGAAGCAGAAGAGCGGGGAAGAGGCGUCGGGAAAUUCGGGCAAACCUGACCUGAUGGAAGAGGAUGAGCUCGUUGAUGCUGCGAUUCCAAUGCUAGCCGAGAAUCAAGGUGUAGAAGAGCUGUUGUAUCCUGCCUCACUGCCCCCUGCAGGUGGGACGUUAGUUGGGGGUCAGUACCUGCUGAACAAUGCCCUUCUGGAUCAGAUCCUUGCGGAGAAGAAAAUGCAACUCAUGCAAAGUCCAGAAGUGAUGGAGUUCUUGAAGAAGCAAAUAGGAAUAGCGAAGAAAUGAGAAAAAUCUGCCAUGUUAGAUACAGAUGGCUUUGUGUGAGAAAGUUUUUUUCUUUUCUUUUGUACUGUAUAGCUUUGCCUUCUAUUUAUAACUGGAUAAUCUUUUGGUAAAGCUUUGCUUGGUGUCUGAUGGUAUUGGCUAUUUGGAAAUAUUCCAAAAGAUAGCUGGUACAUUUAUUGGGGCUAUCCUGGUUUUUCUAUUGUUUGUUUGAUCAAAGUCAUAUUUAUACAACUUGACUGGGAUACCUACGGCCAAAAUUAAGAUUUUUUUCCUAUAUAUAUUAUUUUUUGUAGUUAAUUCCAUUUUCACUGCCCUUGUACUUUGACUGCCUUUAAUAGUUCUUUUUAUAAGACAUAAAUCUCCAAAGAGGUUUUUACCUUAAAGCCAACACUUUUGGAUCCCUUCUUAAUAUUUUAAUUACUUUGGUGAUAAACUCAUGGUAUAUAGAAGAAUUAUAACACAAUUGCAAUCACUAAUACAGUUUUUGCUACCAAGUUUGGAGAUGCUAUCAGAUGAAAAAUUACACCUCUAUGAUUAGAAAUUUGUAUAACUCACUUGUGGCUUUUUAAACACAUUUUCCAUUUUCUAUGGUUUUCAUGGUCAAAUAAUACAAUAAGGUCUAUUUUUUUCUGAUUUUAUUGCUUGCAGGAUUACAUCAGGCUGGGGUGUCAUGAGGUACCACCUCACUCAUGGCUGCCAGCUUAUCAAUGGACAUUAGCUGUGGGUGAGGGUACAGGCUCGUUGAUGUACAGGGAUCUCUGGAUUUUUUUUGCCAAGCAUAAUUUCUUCCGAUUACAUAGCAUUGGCUCCUCUCCCUUUGCCUCAGUAUGCCUCACGAAGCACAGGAUAGAAGGCAUAAUUGGAAAGCGGAAGAUGGUCCUUCAGAUUGCCCCCUGUAUGUAGAAACACCAGUCUUGGCUGUCUCAUUGAGUUGUAUAGUAGCUUGUAAGCUUUGCACAACCUUGGAUACUUCUUUAGAUUGUCUUGCCUCUCUUAGUUGUGAUGUAACAAUAUGGUAGUAUUGAAUUUCUUCAGUUGAAUGUGACUUUAGAGAUCAGUUAAGCAAUUGUGUAUUAUCCUUUGGUAAGCCUUUGGUUUUAGGUUUUACUUUUUCCUUGAUAUGCCUGUGUGUCUCAGGAUUUCUAUAUCAUCAAGUAUGGACUUUGAUUUGUGUUUUUUAUUUUACUCUUGUGUUUAUUUUUUUACUCUUGCAAGUGAGACAGUAGUUGGCAUGGUAUUGCAAAUGAGGUGAAAAUUUUGAAUGUAGGAGAUGGGCAUAUGAAUGACUAAGGAGAUUAUUAUAACAGCAGAUUAUAACAGAUUAUUAUAACCUAUAUACUGCUUUGUGAUUCCUCUGUAGCUGAACAUUGGAUUACUGUGUGCACUGUUUUCAGAGGACACUGAUAAAUGGCCUGAUUGAUUUGCAUUUCUGUAUAGUAUUUUCUCAUGUUGGAAACUGCCUGUCUUACAGUGUUGGCCUCUUCAUCAUUUGCAUUUAGUUAGUCUUUCCCUUCCUGUGAUUGCGAGAAGAGGGAGUGGUUUUCCCCUCGGCAUAGCUCCAGCUUACAAGUUGACAAAGAAUUUCUUCAGAUUGUUUUUACAAGUAAUUUAGACGGAAGUAAUUAAUUAGUGGUAUUGUCUAAAAGCAAAUUCUAAUACUUAUUUGUGUAAGCAGAGCCUUACCAUGAGAACAAUAACAAUAUACCUAAAAAAAAUAAUAAUAAUAAAAAAAAAAAACAGGUUUGAGUGGGUGUUACAACAAAAUAAAAGGCUAGCUGUUGCCAAAGUUUAAAUUUACCACAUUGCAAAACCCUUUUCCAGUUGUUUGCUCAUAGUGUGAAUGUUUGUCAUAUGCCGGUUAUAGAAGUUGUUGUCAUACAAUUUUUCUUGUGCAUGGUGGGUUUUGCUGCCAAAUUGUUGCAAUAUCAGAUUUUUUAAUGCACAAUUACUUGACAUUUUUAUCCCUCUUUUUACUAUGUCCUUUCCCAAAAUUGUACAUUUUUCUUCUGCACUAAACACUUAACAUAAAUUAGAGAUAUUAAUAAUAUGAAUAUACCAAGUGAGGAUAUUAACUUCAAAAUAUGAAUUGUAGUAGAGACAGUACAAAUCAGGAAAUACUAACUAAGCACAGAAUAUAUAUUACAAACAGAAUACCAAAUUCAGUACAGAAUGUAUUGAUAUAUUGUGGGAAACAACACAGCUUCAGCUAACCAAUAGUUAACAUUUAAUCUCUGUGGAAUCAAGAUAAGAAAAGAUUAUUCCACACUCUGACUCGUGAUUUAAGAUAUUGGUGCCAUGUAAUCACACUGUCCAUUGUAGUUUUCUUUUGUGCAGUUUGUUUACACAUAGAUGGCUCCACAAGCCCUGUCACUUAGUAGUCCAUGAGUAGGCCAACCUGCCUUCACCUGAUAUCCCAUUUCGUUGAGUUUUGAGGAGAUUUGAUUUUGUUUUCUAAUGUUAUUGGUACCAAUACUAUCAUCAUUGAUCUCAGCAGUACUAAGAUCUAUGAAAAAUAGAAAAGAAUCUUUCUAAAACUCAAGGAAUAGGUAGGACUACCUAUAUUCCUUGGUGACUAAGCAGCUGUGGAGCAUCUCCGUGUAAACAAUUGAUAAACAAAAAGCAUGAUGAACUUGGCAUGUUUUUUUGCCAUCCAAGCAUCAUUGAGUUUAGAGAUUACUUCAGGUUUUGCAGAUGAUCGACUACCUCAAGUAUUGGUGGUAGAGGUGUAUUCAGCAAUUGUUAAUUUCCCCUUUCCUCAGUGAAUUGAGAUUUUAAAAGUAUUGGUGUUAAAAUCACCCUCUCCCUCAUAGUGGAGUAAUUAUUGUCAGUUUUUAUGAUAUAACUUUUUUUUGUAAUAUGUUUAUUAUUUGGUAAAUUUUGAUUUGAUAGGUAGUGAAAAUAAGAAUUACUCAUUGUAUGGUUAUUUCUAUUUUUUUGUUGUUAUUGUUAUUGUUGUUAAUAUUGAUGGUGAGUGCAAUAAUGAUAAUAAUGAUAAUGGAAAUAUUGACUUAAUUAUUUUUAUUAUUAUUGUUUUGAUAAAGUCAUUUGACUCUUAGUAUUCAUAUUUUGUAAUGAACAAUGAUAAAAUUAAAGUUAAAUUUAAGUAGGACCUUCAGUGUAAGCAAUUUUUUUCAAGAAUAUAUAACAUAUGCCGUGAAGUCUUUUGUAGAAAAUAAUUGAAAGCUAUCAUAUUUUCUAAGGAAAUGAUGAAAACAAAAAACAUGUUGCAAAUAGUUUUUGUAAGUAACAUUUCACCGUCUUAAUUUUUACAUUUUGGUCAAUACUUUUUUUUUUUUUAAAUGCAACUAAAUGGAAUGGUACAGUGAAAAAGUAUUUGAUUUACAUCAUUUUGGUAAUUGUAUGUACAUGAAAUUUAUUGCAAACUUGUAGCUCUAAGUGUUAGUACCUUCACAUUUAUUAGAAUUCAUUGGUUUUCUACUAACUCUGUUAUAUUUGUAUAUAAUAAGCAAUGUCUGUACUUAAUAUUUUGUAUAUUAUUUAUAUGUGCAUCAUAACAGGAAAUAAAUGUAAUUUUUUUU